CGCGUGUAUAAAAGUGACGGUCGCGCCACGCGGACACUCAGCGCCAUGAUCGUGAUUGUGCUGCUGACAGCAAGCUUCGCAACGGCGACAUUUGGGGAGUCGGGUGGAAUACUGGGAUCCCUAGGGGUGACUCUGAAGUCAUUGUCGGCGGAGUCUGUUAACACUGUUCGCGACGCUACUGCCCCUUUACUGCAAGUGGCGAAUCAGACGGUCCUGGAAGCUCGCUCGACGCUGCAGGAUCUGGGGGGCGAUGUGGCUCUGGCCGUCGUCAGAGCCCGAGCGUCGGGCUGGGACGCGGCACACUGUGCCCAGGACAAAGAACAAGAGGCAGAACUAGUUCUCCGGGAGGCCAUGGCGAAGCUCGAUGGCUGCACAACCCUGGCAGCGGUUGAAGUUGAAGUUCCGGUAGCCGUUAUCAGCAACCUCACCAGCGAAGCACUGCAACGCAUCGACACGGCAGCGGGUGACAUGGCUGCCUGCUUGUCGGGGACAGGGACUAUCACGUGUCUGUUCGACGUGGUGCGAAACGUGACUCAAGACGUGGGCGCCGUAGCGCGCAUCAUCAGGACGCAAGCACUAAGCGCAGAAACGAGCGUCGCACACGUCGCUCACUACGUCACGACGUGCGCCACGGGGCAGGUAGACAGCGCGCGCAGAUUGCUGCAGAAGCUGAAUAUCGCGGGCUGCACACAGUGACCCCAUGAACCCGGCAUUGUAGUACGUUAGCAUUGUAAGUAGGUGUAAAGACAUUAAAAUCUGUGUCGUUUCUCUUCAA